GAGGGGUGGCUGGGCGCAGGGGCGAAGCGCGGGGGGCUCGGAGGAAGCUGUGCGCCCUGAGCCUUGGAGAGGUGGGGACGCUGCGCCCUAGCGCACGGGCCCCUCCCCAGCUCAGGCAGCAGGGCCCCCGGGCGGUGUCCGGUGCCUCCGCCGCUGCUGGCGGGAGGGAGAAGCCGCCCAGUCCCCGGGGCAGUCUCAGCGCCCUGGAGCCGAGCCGGUGGGUGGGGAGCCUGGCUAUGGUGCCCGGCUCCCGGCUGCAGCGCCCGGGGAGAGCCUAGCGGCGGCGGCGCCCCGGGAGGCGAAGGAGAGUCCCCAGUGCGGGGCGGCGAUGCGGCCGGGAGCUGCGCGCCGGUGACCGUGGUGGAGCGGGGAGCUUGUGGCCGGCCCUGGCGCUGCUCCGCCCGCCGCAGUGGUCCCCUGCAGGGGCUCGUGCCGUCCGGCUGCCUGAAUCCCCGAGCCUCUGCCACCGCCUCGCAAUGUUUCGCUGGAGCAUUAAUCGCUUUUGCGCUGGCGAAGAGAAACGAGUUGGGACACGCACCGUGUUUGUUGGCCACCGCCCUGUUUCAGAAACCGAUGCUUACGUCGAGCAGAAAUUCUGUGAUAAUAGAAUUGUCUCAUCCAAGUACACUGUCUGGAAUUUUCUCCCGAAGAAUCUUUUUGAACAGUUUAGAAGAAUUGCCAACUUUUAUUUCCUUAUCAUUUUCCUUGUGCAGGUAAUAGUAGAUACACCAACCAGCCCAGUAACCAGUGGACUUCCACUUUUCUUUGUGAUUAUUGUUACAGCUAUCAAACAGGGCUAUGAGGACUGGCUGAGACACAGAGCUGACAAGGAAGUAAAUAAAAGCAGUGUCUUCAUUGUUGAAAAUGCAAAGCAAGUGAAAAAACACAGCGAAAAAAUCAAGGUUGGCGACAUUGUAGAAGUGAAAGCAGACGAAACUUUCCCCUGUGACCUGAUCUUUUUGGCAUCGAGUAAUGACGAUGGGAUCUGUUACGUCACGACGGCAAGUCUGGAUGGCGAGUCAAAUUUCAAGACUCAUUACGCAGUGCGGGAUACUACUGGACUCCAGACAGACGACGACAUUGACUCCCUGACUGCCACAAUUGAAUGUGAGCAGCCUCAGCCUGACCUCUACAAAUUUGUUGGAAGAAUUAACAUCUACAGAAGCAACCAGGAGCCUGUAGCCCGGUCUUUGGGUCCCGAAAACCUGCUGCUGAAAGGUUCUACUUUAAAAAAUACAAAGAAGAUUUAUGGAGUUGCGGUUUAUACUGGAAUGGAAACAAAAAUGGCUUUGAACUACCAAGGAAAAUCACAAAAACGGUCAGCUGUAGAAAAAUCAAUCAACGCCUUCUUGGUAGUGUAUUUAUGCAUCUUAGUGAGUAAAGCUACGGUGUGCACCACUCUGAAAUACAUCUGGCAGAGUAAUCCAUUUAAUGAUGAGCCAUGGUAUAACCAAAAGACAAUAAAAGAAAGAGAGACGUUCAAGAUCUUAAGAAUGUUCACAGACUUCCUGUCAUUUAUGGUUCUAUUCAAUUUCAUUAUCCCGGUCUCCAUGUACGUUACUGUAGAAAUGCAAAAAUUCUUGGGCUCCUUCUUUAUUGCUUGGGAUAAGGAGAUGUAUGAUGAAGAAAUCAAGGAAGGGGCACUGGUGAAUACCUCGGACCUCAAUGAAGAACUCGGUCAGGUUGAGUAUGUGUUCACAGACAAAACUGGAACUCUUACUGAAAACAGCAUGAAGUUCAUUGAGUGCUGCAUAGAUGGACACAAGUACAAAGACGGCAUUUCAGAGGUGGAUGGGUUCUCUCACACGGAUGGGCCCCUGAGAUAUUAUGGGAAAGCAGAAAAGUGUCGAGAAGAGCUGUUCCUCCGUGCCUUGUGUCUGUGCCAUACGGUUCAAAUCAAAGGAGGAGACAACGUAGAUGGACUGAGAGUAAACCAGGAGUGCUGGACCUAUAUCUCCUCUUCACCAGAUGAAAUAGCUUUGGUAAAAGGCGCCAAAAAGUAUGGUUUCACUUUUCUAGGACAUGAAGCUGAUUACAUGAAAGUGCAGAACCAAAAGAAUGAAAUUGAAAAGUAUCAGCUUCUUCACGUGCUAAACUUUGAUCCUGUCCGCCGCCGGAUGAGUGUUAUUGUGAAAACCAGUACAGGAAAGUUCCUCCUAUUCUGUAAAGGAGCAGACUCUUCUAUUUUUCCAAGGGUGCAACAAGAUGAAAUACAACAAACUAAAGUGCACGUAGAACGUAACGCAAUGGAUGGCUAUCGAACUCUUUGUGUGGCCUUCAAAGAACUAACUCAAGAGGACUAUAAAAAAAUUAAUGAUCAGCUCAGUGAAGCGAAAAUGGCUCUACAGGACAGAGAAGAAAAGAUGGCCAGGAUUUUUGAUGAUACAGAGGCCGACAUGCAUUUGAUAGGGGCUACUGCUGUGGAAGACAGACUCCAGGAGCAUGCGGCAGAAACCAUUGAGGCCCUGCAAACAGCAGGCAUGAAGGUCUGGGUGCUGACUGGCGACAAGAUGGAAACUGCAAAAUCCACCUGCUAUGCCUCCAGGCUCUUCCAGACAAACACUGAAUUACUGGAGCUGACCACAAAAACGAUGGGAGACAGCGACAGGAAAGAGGAGCGAUUACACGAGCUGUUGCUAGAGUAUCAUAAAAAGCUGCUGCAGGAUUUCCCCAAAAAUAGCGGAAAGCUUAAAAGGAGCUGGACGGUGAGCCAAGAAUACGGACUGAUCAUAGAUGGCUCGACGCUGUCGCUGAUAUUAAAUCCUUCUCAGGAUUCCAGUUCCAGUAAUUACAAAAGCAUUUUCCUACAGAUUUGCCUGAAGUGUACUUCAGUUCUGUGUUGUCGGAUGGCUCCUUUGCAGAAAGCCCAGAUUGUUAGAAUGGUGAAAAACACCAAGGGCAAUCCAAUAACACUAUCAAUAGGAGACGGUGCCAACGAUGUUAGCAUGAUCUUGGAAGCACAUGUUGGAAUAGGUAUAAAAGGCAAAGAAGGUCGUCAGGCAGCAAGAAACAGUGACUACGCGGUUCCAAAGUUUAAGCAUUUAAGAAAAUUGCUACUAGCACAUGGGCAUUUAUAUUACGUGAGAAUAGCACACCUUGUACAGUAUUUCUUCUAUAAGAACCUUUGCUUCAUUUUACCACAGUUUUUAUACCAGUUCUUCUGUGGAUUCUCGCAACAGCCUCUGUACGAUGCUGCUUAUCUUACAAUGUACAACAUCUGCUUCACAUCACUACCUAUCCUGGCCUACAGUCUACUGGAGCAGCAUAUUAACAUUGAAACUCUGACCUCAGAUCCAAGAUUGUAUAUGAAAAUUUCUGAUAAUGCCAUGUUACAAUGGAAGCCUUUCUUAUACUGGACCUUUCUGGGCUCCUUUGAAGGACUGGUGUUUUUCUUUGGAGUUUACUUUCUUUUUCAAAAUUCAUCAUUAGAACAUAAUGGAAAGGUUUUUGGGAACUGGACAUUUGGAACUAUUGUUUUUACUGUAUUAGUGUUCACCGUCACUCUGAAGCUAGCGUUAGAUACUCGUUUCUGGACCUGGAUGAACCACUUCGUGAUUUGGGGCUCCUUAGCCUUUUAUGUCUUUUUCUCGUUCUUUUGGGGAGGAAUCAUUUGGCCUUUCUUGAAGCAGCAACGAAUGUAUUUUGUAUUUGCUCAUAUGGUGACGUCCGUAUCAACCUGGCUGGCCAUAGUUCUCCUUAUCUUUAUCAGCCUUUCCCCAGAGAUUCUUCUAGUAGUUUUUAAAAAUGCGAAGAGGAAAAACCAUCAGACUGUACCUUUUAAUUUGCCUAUGCUAUUGUCCUACAAACGUAUGGAGAAUGGUUACACCUCUGAAAUGAAGCUCCAAGAUGCUGUUACUAACUUGACACAAAGAUGCCAUCUCAGGAUACCUCAAAUGCAACAACUUUAAACACUGCACCUUGUCGUGCUGCAGGACAAGACGUCUGUUUGAACUCACAGUUUAAGAUGACACAUGUAUUGUAAGCAGCCCUGCUGUCUAAGCAGCGGAGGCACUGGCCUUCAUUUUUUCAAAGUCUGAAAAUGGAAAAGUCUGGGACAUAAAAAGUCCAUGGAAUCAGCAGUGGAGAAAAGAACAUCUAGAAUUCCAUGAAAAUGGAACAGUAGAAACUUUAGAGACACAUGGAUGCUCCUUAUGCCCACUGAAUAGAAGGAGGCUCCUCCAUUACACAUUCAUCCAACGGCAAUGAAUGGCCACUAAAGUCUUAUUCUUUUGCCUGACCAAAGAAGUAGCACAGCCUUUCUGCUUAAUCAUGGUCUUGUCCAACUCCCUUGGAAGACAUGGGAAAGGCUCCCAUCAUGGAAGUUGGGAUGGACCCUAAACUAGAACCACUGUCUGUCGUCUUGCACAGCUGCCGUUGCUGCUAAUGAGAGUUGUGCACCAGCAGCUGAAGCCAGGAUCUGAUUGUUAGAAAAGUUCAGCUUUCAAAUCCACACAGCAGAAAUACUUGAAAAUAUUGAAGGACUGAGCUGCUGAUGGCCUGAAAUGUCCAGUGGCAUCUCCUUUCCAUUGCAAACAGCAGGAUCAGACUGUUAAAUGUCCUGUUUAUUAAAAUGCAGAAGUGUGUCAGCCUGAACAUUUCUGAGGAGCCGAUCAAAAUAUUGGAAGAGUUUUCAUGGGGCAAGACUUCUUUUCCACAUUACCAAAUUUGAUUCUGGAACAGGCGGAAGACACAAUGACAAACCCUUUCCCCUUAUGGAUUGAAAAUACACAGAAUUCUUUUAUUGCUCAUGAAAAGCUCCUUAGUCAGGAAAGAAUCUUAAAUAAAAGUUGUGUUGUGCCAGGUUUUCAGCCCACGCUUAACUGGGCCUCUGUGGUUAUGCUCACACUCCUGUGAAUGUAAUUGCAGUUGUUUGGAGACAUUAAAGACCUGAAUGGCAGUCACAGUCAGGCCCUUAAGUGACCCAUUGACAUUGAUUGUGCUUGCAAAUAAUACCAGAUAAAUCUGCAAUCUUCAUUAUCUGCAUCAACAAAAAGGGAGGUCAGUUUUAAAAAUAAGUGAAUAAAUGCAUCUGGCUCUAGGAGUAUCAUUUUACUUGGUUCUAAAAUCAGCAGAUUUUUUUUUUAAAUCUGCAUAUAUCAAGAUAUUGCAAGUUAAGAUGUUGAUUUAAUAAUGCCACGUGUGCAUAGCAUAAAGGUAAAAUGCUUGACAACCAACUUCUAUUUGUUUUUUAUUAUGCAGGAAAACAAUACUACUUUGAUUACAAAAAAAAUCCGAGUGAGCAUGGAUUAAGUGCAAUUGGCAUUUUAUUUUUUUAAUAAUAUUUUUCCACCAGUUUGACUUCCCCUUCAUCCUGUAUGGCCCAGGUUUCCCUGUGCCAGAUAAAGCAAACAAAAAAAUACUUGGGGUAAAAAUUUUCAGAGUAAGUAAGUCCCAUUUUCUUAGCCUCCC